AUGGCGAGCACCCCGAAGCAAAAGUUUGGGCGUCCAUCGCUGGGUGAGCCAUCGCGUGUCAGCAGACUCCGGGCACAAUCACCUGGUGCUUCUUCUGUGGGUUCGGGUGAGGAGGUCAAUACUUCACCUCGCAGGCGUGCACUGUUCCCGAGCGGUACAGGGCGGGCCCGUGCACUCGUGAGCUCAAGGCAUUCUCGCGACCCAAGACCGGUCGGAGACAGAGGCUUCACUGCGCAAUGCGCCAAGAACGUGGUGGAACUCCUCUCUGCUCGGGGAUAUUCCAAGACGUUCUCACACGACAAGCUCCUCAAGGAUCCUUCCACAAAAGAGUUCUACGACGUCUUCCGCUUCUUGAUUGCCCAGUUGGACCCACAGUUGGAAGUCGAAGGCAAGAUGGAAGAUGAAGUGCCCAGUAUCAUGCGGCGGUUGAAGUAUCCAGUGGAAGUGAAUCGAUCCAAGCUUCAGGCCAUCAGCGGCCCGAAUACUUGGCCGCAACUGCUGGCUGUCUUGGACUGGCUUACAGUCCUGGUUCGCAUCAACGACGAGCUGAUUGAGCCGUUGGCAGCUUGCCAACUUGGGCUUUCAGAUGUGGGUGAUCCUGACCGCGAUGCGGGAGAUCAUCACGUUCUUAGAUCCUUACAUGAGAACUACUUGAACUUCUUGAGUGGGAAAGACGACAGUGGUGACGAAGAGAGGCUGCGGAUGAUCUACAUGCAGCGCCUGGAAGCUCUGCAGGCAGAAAUCCAACGGCUAGAGAACCAGCAGGUGGAAAUGCAGCAGCGGUUGCAAGAUUUCCAGGGAGAGCAUGACAGGUUGCUGGAACUCCAGAAGAUGCCUGCUCAGCUUGAAGUGGAAGCCGAUCGCUUGCGCAGCAUCAUCCAGGCGCAAGAGCACAAGGUGCAGACCAUCGAGGACGAGAUGAUGUGCAAGGAGGCCGAGGAGCGCGAGCAGCAGAAGGAGAUUGAGACAUUGCAGGCCAAGCGGGCGUACUUGGCAGAGCAGGUGGAGAGCCAGGCGUACUCAAGGAGAGACAUCGAGCGCUUGCAUGCCGAGCGGUCCCACCUACGACAACUAUUCAAGGAUUUGAAGGCCGAGGGUGAACGGGCCGAUGAAGAAGUAUGGGAGCUUGGUAUGCAAGAGAAGAGCCGAGCUGAAGAGAUCGGUCGCCUGGUUCGACAGGUCAAUGAUACGGUCGAGUGCCUGACGCAUGCCCUUACCGAGGAGGAGGCUGAUAUCUUUGACUUUCGAGUUCGUGUCGACUUGUCCGAGCCAAGUGAUGCUCUGGCAUCCUUGGCUUUUGACGAUCAGAAAACUUGGGCACAGGCGGCGUCUUCCUCCCAUGGAGAGCGGCUUCAACAAGCAGAGUUGGCACUGCACGAGCUCCUGGAGGAACAGCGUGGGCUGCAGACCUCCUUGGCCGAGAAGGAGGGCGAAGCUCGUCACAUGAGGGCGCGGCACGAGCAGCUUACGCGCAUUUACCAGGAGUAUCGUGAGUGGAGUGCUUCGCAGAUAGACGAUGCCCAGAAGACCACCGAAGCAACUGAGGAUGCUGUGCACGAGAUUUCCAUCGGAAGUGCAGCUCCUUCGCUGAGAGAUGCUGCGGAGGUGGACAAGCUAAAGUUGACCCUGGCAUCGGUGCAAACCCAGGGAGCGCAUGAGCGCGCGCAGCUGGAGGAGCAGAUCCGCCGGGAUGAAGAGCGUUUGGAGGAGCAUCGGCAACUCAUCAUGCGAGAGCUGGACAGCUAUGCGAAGGCGUCGACUGCACUCUGCGAGGAUGUGGAAGCCGCCUUGCUGGUCUUUGUAUCAUCGAAUGCUCUCGCAGCAGUUCAGACCCUGGCGGUACUCAUGCAGCUCACGUCUUCAAUCAUGCGCCUCAAUCAUGCCUCACCGGUGCGUUUACUCCCGAUGGUGAAUUCCGCGGUUGAGCGCAGCGGUUCAGCAUGGUGUGCCAUCGGCAGCUUCGGUGGGGGCCUCCUUGGUGGAGAUGAGGUAGAUAUGGCUGUGGAAGUGGAUCCGUAUGCCACGCUUACCCUCGUGACUCAGGCUUCCACGAAGAUCUACCGGACAAACCAGGAUCUUCCAGCAAUUCAGCGCUUUGCGGUCAGGAUCAAGCAAGGUGGGCUUCUCGUCCUCGCUCCUGAUCCCUUGGUCCCGUUUGCUAGCUCGCAGUACUCUCAGCAGAUGCGCUUCACAUUGGCACCCGGCACAGAUGCCAGCGCUGAUGACGGGGCAUCUGCCGUCAUCGUGGACUGGCUUGGCGCAGGCAGAAUAGCUUCGGGAGAGAGGUGGGCUUUCGACGAGUAUGCUUCUCGCUUCGAGUUUGUUUGGGGCGAGGGGUUUUGUGACACCGAGAAUGGCACGGCAGGAGGAAAGGUCAAACGAUCUCGCCUGGUAGAGGCAGUGCGUCUUCGAAGAGAUGACUGCAAUUUCUUGGAACAUCCGCUUCAGUCGUUUGAUGCUUUUGUCACGAUUUUUGCAUGCGGACCGCAAGCCCGAAGAGUGGUACGCAGAACCAAAGCAGUCGCGUUGCUCCUCGCUGCUCGGGCAGGUGCACGGGUGAGGUCUGAAGAGGCAAAUGGGUUGGGAGACCAGCCUAGCGAUAUUAUCUCGCUUCCGCAGAUGAAAGGUCAAGCGCUCAUGGGAGUAACGACCGAUGAGAAUUCAGGAUGUACGGUGAUACGACUUAUGGCUGAACACACUGAAGACGUGUACCGGCUUCUACACGUUUGCCUGGAACCCCUUGCGAGUUUGCUGGGUGCUGAGCCCUAUGCCGAUCGAGUACAUGGUGCUGGAGUGUUCCAGAUCGUUCAGACAAAAGCCGGACCGACAUCAUCUGCAAAGCCAGGACAGCCCAAGCCAGCGUUCAGUCAUGAGCUGAACCUGCGGCAGCAGUUUACCUUGUGUCACCUGACUGACGCCACCCUUCCAGUUGGUGGCUUUGCUCAUUCUGGCGGUAUCGAAGCGGCCCUGCAGCUGGGUCUGCUCAGCCGGCAGGAAGGUGACAUCGAAGGCCUGAAGCUUUUCAUCAAGAUGCUCGCGCUCUCAACCAUUCGACUGCAAGGCCCGUUUCUCAGAAGUGCCCACAGGCUGGGUGCGAAAGCAGAUGGUGUUCCCGUGGACUGGAGCGAGCUCGACGCAGAUUUGCAUGCUCAUCUUGCAGGCGGCUUGGCCUGUCGGGCCUCACUGCUGCAAGGUGCCGGUUUGAGUCGCAUCGGUCGCCGCUGGUGCGAUUUGUCAGGGCUGCCAAGGAACGGUCACUUUGUGAGCUUUUUUGGUAUUCUUUGUGCAAGGCUGGACCUACCACAAGAAGUAAGCGUGCAGGGUUUCCUUUACUGCAGUGUUCGAGAUGCGGUUUCGGCUGCGGUUCGCUUGAACCUGGUCGGACCUCUACAAGCUGCUGAACUGCAGCGCUGCAUUCUCGCCGAUCUGGAGCAUCUGCAGGGAGAUUGUGUUGGCGAUGAGCCGUUCGGGUGUGCUCCGCUCGAGAGUCCUGCCCGGUACUGUGAGCAGUUCUGCAUGUUGCCGUCUCAAAGCAAGCUGCUGGAGAAGGCCUCCCCAAUCGUGCACGCAGCAGGUGGUGCUUGA